CUCCUAGCUGUUUCCUGAGCUGCCAGUGCUGCUGCUGCUCUUGAGUUCUGCACACACACACUCAUCCACUGCCGCUGAUGCACGUUCUUACAGCUGCUGCUGCCAGUGUGUGCACAAGUGGCAGUGAGGGACCCUGACUGCAGCAACUUGUUCUUCUUCUGCUUUCCUGCUCCCUGACUGAGACAUAAAGGUGAUGGGCAGGGAAUUCAAGGAGUGAGGAAUAAUCAUGCCUACCGUCUUUGAAAAGGAGACCAAAGUUGCCAGCAUCUUUUUGAUGGUUCGUUUAAGCAGUCAGGGUUGGAUUGAGGAAUAUGGAGCUCUAUUGUCUACUGUGCUGCAAUGAUAAGGCAUGACUUAUUUAAUUAUGAAAGGUCAGUGGAACCAGAGACUACUGUGUUGAGGAAAUAUUGCAGGAGAUGACCCAUUCUUGGCCUCCCCCUCUCACUGCUAUCAACACCCCUGGAAAUGUGGAGCCCAGCAAGUUUACAUUUCAUGCCAAGGAUCAGAAGCAGCACACUGUUGGGUACAACAAACGAAAGAGGUGUGAUGUUCCUGCAAAAAGCCCUCCCCAGCACAAGCUUCAGAAAUCGAUGUUGGAGGAUGACCUGAAAAUCAGCAGUGAUGAGGAUGACAAUGUCAAGGUGUCAAAGGGGUCGGUUCUUCAGGUCAUUCCCGACAGUGCUUCGAUGCAGCAGCGGCGGCUGCGGCAGCCCAGUGACAAGAGAUCAAGACAUCCGAGUGAAAGUUCCAGCACCUCCAGUGACUCAGAGAGCAACUCCGAGUCAGACUCAGAGAGUGAAAGCAGCUGCAGUGAUACCGAUGGAGGCAAACCACUACACAGCUCUAGCCCAGAGCCAGAACAGCCAUCAUCUACUAAGUGGCAGCUGGAUAAAUGGCUUAACAAGGUUAGCCCACCCCACAAGAACACAGUCAUUAACCAUGACAGUGGUCUCCACGAUUUAAAUAAUACAAAAGAAUUAACUUCACAGUUCAAAUCAGACAGUCUGCACAGUGGUGAAGACACUGUGCUGCACUUGGCUGGACUCAAGGAAAGAGAGAACCACAGCCCGAGCACAGCCGCGUUGAGGCCUAGGGUUGCUCACAAAGCCCCACGGCCUAAAAGUGGCACACAGAGACCGUCAUCUGUCACUGAAGCCAGCCCUCAGAAGAGGCUACUUUGUAAAAAGCAGACAGAAAGAACAGAGACAUCUAGUGAGUAUAAACUGAAUUGCUGGCUAAGAGCUGUGGAGCACAGCACAGAGAAUGAGGUCCCGGAGCCUAGCUUGGAGGUACAGCCCAAGCAAAGGCCUCACACAAACAACUCUGGCAAAAGGAAAGAUUUAGAGGCUGAGAAGAACAGACAGAAGGGACCGGUCAAAAUUGUUCCAAAAUCCAAGGAGAUUGUAGAGACUGAAUCGUCCUCCACUUCAACCUCCUCCUCUUCCUCUUCAUCUUCCUCCUCAUCUUACUCCUCAGAUUCAGACUCAGAUGUAGACAGAGAUAACCCUCCCAUUGUAGCUAAAGUCCCAGCCGACUCCACCUCUCCCGCCUGUAGCCUGAGGCAGAGAGAGUGCCGGAGCGGGGGCCUGGGCAGGGUCAGGGGCUCUGGUAGAGUGCACUCAGUAUACACCAGAGCAGCUGGACAGCUCAGCAGCAGCUUGGAGGAGCAGCUCUAUACUUUAGUGCCUUUCGGUCGCAACGAGCUGCUCUCGACCCUCAAGGACACUGAGGAGCUCAAGUCCCUCCUGGUGAAGAUCGACCUGACCCUCCUGACCCGAGUCCCAAGAGAGGUCACUAGAGAGCUCUCUGCAUCCAAGACAGAGAGCAAGAGCAAGGAGGCCAGCAUGAGGCACAAGAAUAACUCUGUAAACCACCCUGCAGAGACAGAUCCUGCAAAAAGCAGGAGGAAACGGAAGUGUGAAAAUGGAGUUGUAGGCAGCAAGAGGAAUCACACAGACAAAGAGUCUUCUGCAGCCUUCACCUUUUCCCAUAGCAACACACCUAUGACAGCUUACACAGAUAUCAGCAUCCAUGACUUUCCAGAACCAUUUAGUAAAAGCGACAGGAGGCUUCUGUCCCCGCUGUCCCCAAUGUCCGACGGGUCAGAACACAGAUUGAGCUGCUGUGACUUCAGCUCUUUAGGCAGACUGAGCGACAGCACUGGGUUAGCUCCUGGCUCUGUCUGCAAAUACCGCAAGCAGGAGAUCAAAUCCCCCGCGCCAGAGAUCAAUAAAAUGCACCAUGUGGCUUUGGAAAACAUCCAUCUUGGCAAUAGCUAUCAAACCCAGCGUGAGCCAUGGAUUGUGCCCCAGUGGCAGAGGGAUUCCAAGAGACCUCUGCUGCAUUUCGAUAAUGUAGCACAUAAUGCAGAUUAUUACAUGCAGGAGGCUAAAAGGAUGAAGCAUAAAGCUGAUGCAAUGUGUGACAAAUUUGGAAAGGCAGUGAAUUACAUUGAUGCGGCACUGUCGUUCAUUGAGUGUGGGAAGGCAAUGGAAGAAGGCCCAGUUGAAGCCAAAUCACCAUACACCAUGUACGCCGAAACUGUGGAGCUAAUCAGAUACACUAUGAGGCUGAAGAGCCACUCAGGUCCACAUGCCAGUCAGGAAGACAAACAGCUUGCCGUGUUGUGUUUCCGUUGUUUAGCUCUUCUGUACUGGAGAAUGUUCAGACUGAAGAAGGACCCUGCUAUAAAGUAUUCCAAAGCACUCCUUGACUACUUUAAGAGCUCAGCCAAAGCAGCCAAUGUACCAUGCCCAUGGAGUGCCAGUGGAAAGAGCACUGGCACGCCCUCGCCGAUGUCCCCCAGCCCAUCGCCUGUCAGCUCUGUAGGGUCCCAGGGCAGCAGCUGCAGCAGCACCACUGUACCUAUGCCUUCCUCCUUGCUCAUCACCAUUCCCCAGCGUAUCCACCAGAUGGCAGCAAAUCACUUCAACAUCACCAACAGUGUCCUGUACAGCUAUGAGUACUGGGAGGUUUCUGACAACUUAGCCAAAGAAAACAAAGAGUUCUUUAAUUACCUUAACGCAUUGAUGAGACCGCUGACGCUGCACAGUAGUAUGACACAUCUAGUUCAGUACACCAGACAAGGACUACACUGGAUACGAAAUAGCACUCCCAUUUGUCCCAGUUGUCCCAUUGACAGCCAGACUGGUUUUCAACUGAAAUAAGAACUUGGUCAUUCCAGACACUGUGAUACAGACAAUAUGUUUUCCUUUCUGUAUCAAAAAUAUAUUUUCUACAAGAACACUAGUGACCGACGCUGGAUUCCACAGCAUAUCAGGUGAAAACAAGGGUUCCACUCUUUACAGAAGUACACCUUCAUUAAAGUGUUCCAGAACCCCCUGCGGUGUUUACAAGGAACACUUUUUUUCUCUUUUAGUCCACUCCUGUAUGUAUUUAUCAAUCUGAACUAGACUUCUUGGCUUUUAACUCCCCUAGUCCAUAGUCCUGUUUUAUGUUAAAUACUUAUAGAAAUACUAGUCAUAGCGCCAAAAUGUGUAGGAAUCUGUUGAUGUAUGUAAAGAAAAAAAAAAAAAAUUGAAAA